AUGUGGAUCGCUGACGCCUGCAAGGCGUUCGUAUUCUCCUUUGUUGCCGUCUUCCAUUCUCCGGGUCAUCCAGAUGAAGGCCCCCACCAAGAUGUCUUAAAAUUCACUCACAAUUCGCCUGGCGACAAGAUCCCCUACCCCCGUUUCCCAGCUCCCAACGGCCCCGACAAGGAUGGCGUCGAGUUCCAGUGCAAGUACCCUGAGCUCAAAGGCUGGGAGAAGUGUACAUCGGCAGACGAUCGCUCUUGCUGGCUCAAGGGUCCAUAUCAUCAGGUAUUCGACAUAAACACUGACUACGAGAACUUCUGGCCCGAGGGUGUUGUGAGGGAGUACACUCUCAACGUGACCAACCAAGACAUCAAUGGCGACGGUGUCAAUAACCCAUAUGGUAAAGUCUUUAACAACCAAUACCCUGGACCCUGGAUCCAAGCAUGCUGGGGCGACAUAAUCAAGGUAACAGUUCACAACACUCUCGCUUACAACGGCACGACAAUUCACUGGCAUGGUCUUCGUCAACUUGAGUCCUUUGAGAUGGAUGGUGUGAAUGGCGUCACUCAAUGUCCCAUUGCACCUGGCGACAGCUUCACAUAUACCUUCCGAGCGGUGCAGUAUGGAACAUCGUGGUAUCACAGCCACUACUCGCUGCAGUAUGCGGAUGGACUGGCUGGACCAAUUACCAUUUAUGGACCUUCUAGUGCGAAUUGGGAUGAGGGCAGAGAUCCGAUUCUUAUUACUGACUGGAGUCAUCGAAGUGCAUUCCAGAGUUGGCAGAGAGAACUUGUGCCGAACAGUCCGACCAGACCAAUGAUGAAUGGUGUCCUUAUCAACGGCGUUGGUAAUUUCGCGGGCAGCUUUCCGCGUGAACGAUUCAACAUGACUGUUACCAAGGGCAAAAAGUACAUCCUUCGCGUUAUCAACACCUCAGUAGACACAACCUGGAUCUUUAGCAUCGACAACCACAACUUCACCGUCAUGUCCACAGACUUUGUCCCCAUCCACCCAUACGACGUAGAUCACGUCGUCAUCGGAAUUGGCCAACGUUACCACAUUGUACUUGACGCAACUCCAACCAACACCAGUGUUCUCCCUGCGUCGCCUGACGGAAACUAUUGGAUUCGCACAGUAGGCGCAGAUGGAUGCAAGGCUUUUGAGGCUGGUAAUGAGCCUGACGAGCGACAAGGUAUUCUUCGAUACAACGCUUCUAGCACCUUUGUGCCCACAACAUUCCGUACUCCUUAUGUCACAGCAUGUCGUGACGAGAAUUAUACUAUGCUGAAGCCAAUCUUUCCUUGGAAGGUCAAGCCCGUCGAGCUGGACUACGAAAAAGCUCAGUUUGACAUUGGUCUGAAGAAAUACAAAGACAGACCAGAAAAGGGCGACGGAUUCCAGUGGUGGGCAUUUGGCGAGAACCCACUGUGGCUUAACUUCUCCAACCCGACCAUUCUCAAUCUUAAUAACGAUACUUGGGACCCCAACUAUGCUGUCGAUCUUGUUGUUCCAGAUUCCAAGAAGGACGAAUGGGUCUACAUCGCCAUCACUGCACCCCCAACCCCGCUUGUUAACAAACCUGAUAGAGUAUUUGCGCCAGUAGCUCAUCCAGUACCCAUUCAAAUCCUUGAACAGCAGGAGAGGCUGAAGUGGAUGAUGAAUAAUGAUAGGAUGAAGGAAGUGGAGAGAGUUUGCGCGAGAUGGAAUGAUUGGUAUGGAAAUAAGACUAAUCAUUGGAACGCAGAAGUCUUUCAAGAUGAUUCGGGAAUUUAG